AUGAAGCUGGAGAGCGCGGGGAUAAAGGAGAUCCGCGUCCGGAGAGCGAUCACCGGAGGCGUGAUUAUUGAGAUUCCCGGCGAGAAGAGCGCGAAGAAGGCAGACCAGCUGGCAGGUCGCCUGCGCGAAUUCUUCCCCGACGGUCGGGGACUGAAAAUGACUCGCCCUAUCAAGAUGGCGGAGCGGUCUGGACGACUCGGUCAUUCCGGUCGAGGUAGCGUCAGCGGUGGCUUCGGCGGGAGACUGCAACGUCUCCGACAUAAAGACGGGGGAGGUUUGACGCCGUACCCCGAUGAGCAUGGGGACCGUGUGGCUACGGUGUUAGGCCGCAGCGGCGAGGAAACUUAUCACCGCGGGGAGAGUACUGGUAGGAUGGGUGUCGGCGCGAGUCGAGGCGCUGAGCACCCGCCCCCUCCAAUGUUUCCAAUGCAUAGAAGCGGGGCAUACGGCAUACGGCACAACGCUGCCCGUCGGACACGGACUGCAGCGGUAAGUGCUAUAGGUGCGGGGCAUUGGGCACGCGAAUGCACUGCCCCCGUUAGGUGCCUGAUCUGCACUGACCUGGGUAGGCCGGGCGAUUAUCGAUUCGACAGCAAGGCCUGCAGGCCGCCGACCAGACCGAAGAGGAGGAGCGCGACCAGCAACUGUGGAGGACAGAACAAGGGACUGGAAGCGUCCUAG